AUGGCCGCAUAUUCUCUCCGCUAUAUCAAACACCUACGAUCCGAGCAUUUCCAUAUGGCUUCAACUAUCCCAUUCCACGGGGAUGGCAAAGUUUCUCCGACUAAAGGAAUGGUUGUCAACCCUUUACUCUGGUCAGAGGCAAAAGAAGAGUAUAAGGAGUUGUGGAGAGGGGCCAGAAUUGCCCUUCGCGUUCUAUCAACGAUCGAGGACCAUAAUAUUUCCGAACUAUGCUUCGAUUCAAAACAACUCGCCACUGGGAUAAACUGCAUGAUUUUUGCCCAGCCGUGUGAAGAGUACAACUAUUUCGUAGCCAUUAUGAAACGCCCAGGCUUUCGUCACCUUCACCUAUCCUUCUUAGUUGGAUACAACGGGGUCUAUGACUAUAAAGGUUUCACCAGCGGAUGCUUUUCCGAGGCUGUUAGCUUGGCGAAAAAACUGACUCAUAUCCAUUUAACAGUGGCAUUGGAGGGUGGCGAUUCAGCUGGGGAUCCAGUUGUUCCUUUGAAAGAGAUUCUUCCUGUCCAGCAAUGGCCAAAUCUCUAUUAUUUUGGUCUUUCUAAUUUUAGCGUUAACACGUCAGACUUAAUUGAUCUGCUUAGUUUGGCGUCAUCUUCACUACGCUCUGUUGAGCUAGGAUCCCUUGGGUUUCCUAACGAUGAAGGAUGCUGGUCUGAGCUGUUGGAGCGGAUGCGGGAUGAGCUUAAUUGGACUAAGCGCGAUCGAUCACUGGGACCGGCCGUGAGAAUCACCAUGGAGAUUGAUCAGAUGCAAUCUGGGAGGUUCGCUCUUCUCGCAGAUGAGUCGGGAAUGGGUACUUUGCAUGAUAAUUUCGAACCUGAAUAUACUCGACCACACGUCGGUAUGCAGGAGCUUAAGGAAUUGGGAAUUUCUCAACGUUGA